AUGAGCAGCCCUAAGCGCAGAAUUGAAACUGAUGAUGUAUGUUCAGCGCCGCUCGUGUCGGCCCCGUGCGUGGUCCAGCGCCCGACUGGCACCCGCCAUCAAUAUAACCCCGAGAUACUGACCAGCAACAACAGGUUGAUGAGUGACUAUGAGGUAACUCUGGUCAACGACAACAUGUACGGGCGGUUUCCUGCAACAGUACUCGAUCGAUGCGCGACGCUAAUAUCAUACAGGCAAGAGUUCUAUGUUCGGUUCAAGGGUCCUGAAGAGACUCCCUUCGCUGGCGGGCAUUGGAAAAUUCACGUGGAACUGCCCGAUCAGUACCCUUAUAAGAGCCCGAGCAUUGGCUUCGUGAACCGCAUCUUUCACCCAAACAUCGACGAGCUAUCGGGAUCGGUCUGCCUCGACGUGAUCAACCAGACCUGGUCUCCCAUGUACGACAUGAUCAACAUUUUCGAGGUCUUUUUGCCCCAGUUACUUCGCUAUCCCAACCCCUCGGACCCGUUGAAUGGUGAGGCUGCCGCUUUGAUGAUGCGCGAGCCCAAAAGCUAUGAGUCCAAGGUCAAAGAAUACGUUGUCAAAUAUGCUAGCAAAGAGGCCGUCGACGAGGCGGGGGAAGAUACCGAGUCUGAAGACGAGUUGAGUUCCGCUGGGAGCUACGAAUCCGGCGGGGAAGAGCCCGCCGGUGCCAUGGAUGACGUGUGA